UCCACAACCAUAGGUAUGUUAUUUUCCAGGUUCAUCCCUUCACCACCCACAUUCAAACCCAAGAAGAAGGCAGCGUUGCCGAGGACAUACUCCAAGCCCGAAAGUGUGGAGGAGCCAACCAAAACCCCGGAAAGGAUGCAGGAUUCUGCCCAGCAGCCAGCAGAUGCAGAGGUUUCCCUGGAAGCAGAGGGGCUGUCAUCCCCUGCUGGGGAGUCUCAGAGGCCAGGGAGGAUGAGGGGGUUGAGUCAGUUCUCCAAGAUGGAGCACCCCAAGGUGGGAAUGCAGGAGGUUUUUGAUGUGCGGCCGGUGUGGGGUGAGCUGGAGCCAGGAGAGAGUGAGCUGGUCACCUUCACCUUCUUUGGCCACGCCAACAUCAUUGCCCGUGUCAGGGCGCUGUGCCACGUGGAGGGAGGCCCCACCUACGAGGUGGUGGUCUCUGGGCAGGCUUCAUGCCCCAGCUUCCAACUGGACGUGGAGGAGAUUGACUGGGGGCUGCAGGUACCACAGGCUUCCCCUGGCACAGCUCCUUGUCUUGGCAUCACGGCCACCUCGAUGCCAGGCUCUCUCCCCUUCUCAGCUCCUUGCUGGCUCUGGGGCUUAGAAUACAACCCUGGAGAGAUAUGUCCAGCAUCCAAGCUGGUUUGUAAUGGCCAUGUUCACCCCUCCCCUCCCUUUCCCCCGGCCGAGGGACAGGACACUGCCCUCUUCAAGGCACCUAACUCUGCCUCCUGGGGAACACAAGGGUCCCAGUGAAGAUGUCUGGAGGGACAUGUCCCUGAGAUAUCCCUCCCCUGACCUACUCCUAAGGCUUGGACUCCAUAGGGAUGCUUGUUGCAGCAUUUUUGAGAGAAAGAGGACAUGAGUUAUGAGAUUUGAACUCCUCCAGUCUAGGCCUCAGAUUUGGG